UUUGUAAAAUAGUACAGAAAAAUGAGUCAGUUCUCGCUACGUGCAAUUCACUUCAAGUGGUAGUCAAUAAUGGCUGUGAUCUGUAAAAUUUAGAAGCCAAGUAUCGCAGCUUAAUAAGAGUCUUAGCAUGUUUUAGUCAACCAUCACGUGAGAGAACAGACUCAUCGGACUUUAAGAACAGGCCAAUCUGCUUUUCUCUGUUUCUGUUUAUGUUUCUGUUUCUGACAAGUAACUAACGACUAACACUUUAACUCAAGUCUUUAACCUUACAUACCCCCGUAGAUUUCUUUCAUUAGUUAUGUCAUAAUUACAAAUUUAGCAAGCUAAUGCAAGAACAUGGGAACCUGUGCUGAACAAGGAGGCUGUCCCUCGGAUUACUUGGCUAUUGCUAUAGCCAUCCUCUUUUUCAUUUUGCUUCUAUCGAAAUCUUUAUUACCCUUUCUGGUACAUAAGGUUCCUCGAAUACAAGGCAGUGGCUUCUGGAUUCCACUGAUUCAAGUUUUUGCUAGUUUCAACCUUCUACUGUCACUUAUGAUGUCUGCCAGUUUCUUUAAAUUUAGAAGGCGGCAUUCGUGGCAGUUUUGCUAUGUUUGGGCAGUAUGGUUUGAAGGUCCACUUGGAUUUGGUUUGCUGCUGAGUUGUCGUAUAGCACAGGCCUUCCAACUGUAUUACAUUUUUGUAAGGAAGCGUUUACCACCAGUCAGAUCUUAUAUUUUUCUUCCACUAAUUCUCGUUCCAUGGAUUACUGGGGCUGCGUUUAUCCAUUUGAGGAAGCCUCUCAAUGAUAGAUGUCAAUUUGGAGUUCAUUGGGUCAUUCCAGUGGUGUUCCUCCAUGCAUUGUAUGUUGCCACUUUGGUUGUAUUUUUGGGGGCAAUUCGGCAUAUAGAGUUCAGGUUUGAUGAACUCAAGGACCUUUGGCGGGGAAUAGUAGUCUCAGCCACAUCCCUUGGUUUGUGGGUCCUUGCUUAUAUUUUAAAUGAAAUUCAUGAUGAUGUUGCAUGGCUUCAAGUUUGCUCCAGGUUUCUGCUUUUAGUUACGGCAAGUAUUCUUAUACUGGUUUUCUUCUCUAUAUCAAGUUCAGAGCCUCUGCUCUCUCAAAUCAGCCUGAGAAGAGAACCUAGAGAAUUUGAAACGAUGGGUGAGGCUCUGGGCAUACCUGACAGUGGAGUACUAUCUCAAAGAGAACCAGCUCCAGUCAUAGAUCCUAAUAAACCUCUGGACCAGCUUCUUCUGAACAAAAAAUUCAGGCAGUCUUUUAUGGCAUUUGCCGACAGUUGUUUGGCUGGAGAGAGUGUUCAUUUCUAUGAUGAAGUGCAUGAGCUUGGAAAAAUUCCUGCAGAUGACCAUGUAAGGAGGAUUUACAUGGCCCGGCAUAUUAUUGGGAAGUACAUAGUUGCAGGUGCUUCCAUGGAGGUGAAUAUAUCUCAUCGAAUCCGACAAGAAAUUUUGACUACUGCCAAUCUGGCACAUCCUGAUCUGUUUAAUAAUGCAGUAAAUGAGUUGAUCCAGUUGAUGAAAACGAACUUAGGAAGAGACUACUGGUCAUCCAUGUUCUUCAUCAAAUUAAAAGAAGAAGCCAACAUGAGAUCAGCCAGCCAUGAGCUGGAACAAAUGACAGGCUGGAAUUUCUCUCCUAGGUUGAGUUCUGUAAAUUGUCACGAUGAUCCCUUUCAGCAGGAACAAUUUCCCAAGACCUCCGGUCAUAAUAGUCACGAUUCAGACCCGUCAAGUGCCAAGAAUUGUUAAUUACGGUGGCUGGGAAUCCUUAUCUCACAUAGGUAUAACUUAUUGAGUACAUGAUCAGGGCGCUUUACACCAAGUCUUAAAUGGAUUUGGGAAGCAAAAUAUGAAAGAAAGGAUGAAAACUGAAAGAUAAAACAAAAGAAAGGAGGCUGAACUAAAAAUCAAGUGUGAUAAUUUGGAGCCUGCAAUACAUUUAUACAGAGACAACUAUCAAAGGUCUCCCCAAUUUGUAAAUGUGUUCUCUGAAUUAGCUGAGCAAUACUGAUGGAGGAGGCUCGUUUUGUUUACAUGUUAUGUAUCUUGUACAAGAUUCUGCCAAACUUUUUCUGAGACCUUUAUACCUUAAUAUGAUCUUGAAAGUGAAUUAGAGGACUAAAAAUGUUCUUGUUGGAGCCA